CCUAAGAAGGCGUCUAAGGGCCAAUAAAAGUAUUAGAUAAGGCCUGUGGAUUACAGUAAUCCCAUCUACUACAGCUUUGGGUAUCACACACUCAUCGCAUUCCAGCACAGCUGAAGAGGAAGAUGGAGGUCACUGCUCGAUGUGCUGCUCUGCUGUUCCUCCUGCUUCUAUCUCAGGGCCUGAACGCUGUCCACUCACAGGAGGAGGACGAGGCUGUCCCGGAGGACGAGGCUGUCCCGGAGCAGGAGCUACAGGAGGAGGACCAGCAGGUGAUCGAGACAUGGACAUCAAACACAAAAGCCUGCACCUGUGACUGUGAGUCUGCUGAGUCACCGACACGCCCCCCCACUGUUGUCCCACUUGUCCUGCCGACCUCACUGCUGCCUCCGCCACCUCAGGCUCGCCCGCUCCACUGCAUGCCAGAAUGCCCCUACCACCGAGCUCUGGGCUUUGAAUCUGGAUCUGUGACAUCAGAGCAGAUCAGCUGCUCCAAUCAGGACCAGUACACGGGAUGGUACUCCUCAUGGAUGCCUAGCAACGGUCGCCUCAACAACCAAGGCUUUGGGUGUGCGUGGCUCUCCAAGUUUAACGACCCCCAUCAGUGGAUCCAGAUCGACCUGAUGGAGGUGGGUGUGGUGUCUGGGAUCCUCACCCAGGGCCGCUGUGACGCCGACGAGUGGAUUACUAAGUACAGCAUCCAGUAUCGCACUGUGGAAACUCUCAACUGGAUCUAUUACAAAGACCAGACAGGAAACAACAGGGUCUUCUAUGGGAACUCUGACCGCACCUCCAUGGUACAGAACCUGCUGCGCCCACCCAUUGUAGCUCGCUACAUCCGCCUGUUGCCGCUGGGCUGGCACACCCGCAUCGCCAUAAGGAUGGAGCUGCUGAUGUGCAUGAACAAGUGUUCCUAAAGUGGGCUCAGCCUGCUUUUUAAUCGCUGUCCAUCCUUCCCCUGCCAACCUGCCGUUGCCAAAAGGGGGACAUCGGUCCAGCACUAAAAAGAUCCAUCAUGUUACUUUGUUACAACGUUCCUCUCUGUAAUGAGACUCAAAGCAAACUAAGUUUGGGAAGGUGGACAUGUUGGAUGCACUAUUUAUCUGUCUUAAAGUCUGGAAGAAUUAACUGUUUUAAUAUGUAAAUAGGACUUUUUUGGGCACAUACAGAGUUUAAAAAUGCAAUUUAAAGGCCUGUUCUUCAAUAAAGCUACUGGA